AUGAAUCAAACUGACGACGUUUCCCAACACUCAAAUGUUUCCAUUGUUUUCAUACUGACUACAAUUAAUAGUAACUUCACACUGUUGUCAUGUCUUGUUUUAUACUAUCCAGUGUUCCCAAUUUUUGUGUAUGUAUUUUGGAAAAAUCGAGACCAAGAAAAGGAUUCGAAUGUUUUCCCGAUUUUACAACAUUUUUAUAGAACAACCACAUUCGAAUUUUUCUUUUUGUCUGUAUAUUUAACAGCUCUAAUUUACCAAUACUUACACCCAGAAUACACCAUUGAAAACCCAACUUUUGCAUUGAUUAUUUCGAAAUGGUAUGAUUUUCAACUAAUGUUUUUCGAAAUUCACCACCUGAUAAUCAUUCUAUUGGCUGUUCAAAGGUUCAUACUUUAUUUUGAGCUACUAGUUAAUGUGAAUGUAUCCCCCAAAGCUAUUAAUAUAAUAUUGUUUAUGUUGUAUUUUGUUGGGUAUUUGAAACUGGCAUUUUUUGAAGUAUGGAUUGAAGUCUUCAAAGAUGAAACCAUGAACUUGAUAUAUCAAAAAAUGUUAAUAUAUGAAAGCAUUGUAAUUCACGUAUUGAUGUUUGCAUCUGCCAUUUUGUAUAUCCCGAUUUCAGUGAGCAUUAGAAGAAAAGCUCAUUUGGUAUCUAUUAUAAAAAAUAAGCCCAAUAGAUUCAUUUUGUAUCAAACUAUCGGUUUGUGUGCGUUCAAAGUGGUGAGUGCAAUGGAUCCCGGCACAAAGAAUUUUAACACUGAAUUCAUUCAGACAAGUCUACGCCUUCACAUUUUUGAUCAAUUUGAACUUGAAAAUUCACUAAAAACUACUGAUUUCUAUGGCAAUCAUUUUGAUUUUGUUACGACACCUGUGAUGAUACAAAUGUCGUAUUUAUUCAGCAACAAACGGAAUCUGGAUACCAUCAAGAAUAUUUUCAAGAGAAAAAAUCUUACGGUACCUUCUAUCUCACGUGGUGAAUCACAAUCUUUGUCUACUCGGUCGCGUGGCUUAUUUGCCGGCGGCGUUAAUCGUGUAGCACAACUGGUUGUGCGGUCUCCCAUCGUUUGA